AUGGGUUCAGCACUAAACAACCACUUCGAUGGAGACUCCUCAACUACGGGAGGAACCUCUGACGGAUCCUGGAUCUCGACAUACUCCCGUGGCCUCUGCUCAAUGUACCACAACGACGAAGAUCACUGCUGGGAGGCCAUCCUCCACGCACAACAGUCCUCUGACGCCCUUUCGACCCUCGCUGACGAUUCAGCACAACAGCCUACACUUCAACGCAACAACCGUCGUCAUGGACCCCAUCCUCAUCACACUCAUGCUCACCACAGCCACAACAACUUUCACGGACAACGACAGCAAAGCAACCAGAUUGACUUUUCCGACUUUGGUAUGGAAUCCACUGCAAGAGACUAUAACAACAACGACCCGGCACUAGAAGAAGCCGACAUAGGUGCCUGUCUGGCCCCUAGGAGCCCCGGAAGCGGAUUGUCUCAGGCGCUCUGCAACUUUGGAUUCAGCUGUAUUGACUUUGUGACUGGAGACAAUCUCGGCUCUGAACCAGUCUCUGAACGAACAGACUACUUUUCCUCUUCCCAUUCACAUGCUUACGAUCCGACCUUGGACUCUACGCACACUUUGAGGGCAGCUAGAGAGGAUGGUCUGGAAGCCGACUCAACAAUCCUGGAGAAUAAGAAGGCGUCUUCUUCUUGGGCUCGUCGUGUUUGGCCUUCGCUGUGA